UGGGGAAUCCCGCUAGCGUCAGCACAUGAGAACGCCUAACUGGCAGAAAGUACGUACAACUCCCAGAAGUGCGUGUCGAAAGUCAAGACGCAUUAAGCUUGAAGUGAUGACUGCACACGAAUAGAGUACUCGCUAGGGUCUGCGGCUGCUGGAGUCCGGAGCCGCAAGCAAGAUGUUGGAGUUUCCCUGGAAUUUUUAUUGCACUUGCAUUGUCAUGACGCUUACAAAAACCUUCCUGCUCCUAGCCGCUUUUGGGGCUGUUAAAGCACCUGCAGCUAUCCCCAGUUCCCUGAAAGAAAUGAUUAAGGCAAAUCCACCUUUGAAUAUUCGGCUUUGCAAUGAAGGGCUGGGAUCGUACACUGUGUCUUGGGAUGGAAACAUCACGUUUGCUGAUAAUGUGUAUUACCAGCUUAGCUACAAGUACCUCAAUGCAAUUGAUGACAAGACUGAACCAAUUAUUUUGCAAAAAUAUCAAAGGACGAUGGAUUUGGAAUUACACCGAGGACUAUUUAUCCAAGUCAAGCUGUUAUAUAGUGCAGAAUACGUUGAUGAAAUAUCUAGCAACUGGACUAAAAGAACUUUUGAUCAACCACGCGAUUCAUUUGCCUCAGUUGAAAACCUGACCUGUGUUUUUUAUGGGAAUACUUACAUGAACUGCACUUGGGAUGUUUAUGAUGAUGCUACAGAGGAUGCACAAUUCAUUUUGUCCUACAGGAUGCAAGAUGCAAGUGUCAUAUACAACUGUUCAAAUUACCGUGUGGAUGGAACGAAGAACACUGGCUGCAUUGGCCACAGAUAUGACCUUCCUUUGUUUCUCGUGAUUACGAUGUGCAUCAGUGAACUGACCAACAAAACCAAAUUACCGUAUUGCAGGAUAUUUGGACCAUACAAAUUCCAUAAGCUCGGCAGUCCAAUAAAUGUCAAGAUAAAUAAAAGCACUGAUGAAGUCACCUGGAAUCUUGCAAACGAUAAUUUAAACCCUAUUUGUUACGACGUUCAAUUAAAAAUCACAGAUUGGAAUAAUGGAGAGCAGAAGGUUAAAAAUACAUCUGAUACAAAAUAUGUCAUCAGUCGGGAUAAAACAAAGAAAUAUUCAGUGCAAGUAAGGGUGAAAGUGAAUAAUUUUUGUUUGGAAAGCAUUAUCUGGAGUGACUGGAGCAAACCACUUAUUAUAGCAUCUGAUGCAAGCGAUAUGUCUGUUCUGGCAAUUGCUUCGGUGUUUGCAGUGAUUCUUGUUGUGCUAAUAUUGCUAUUGGUAUUCAUCUGUAUAAAAUGUAAAUUUGUGUCAAAAAUGUGCCAACCAAUCCCUGAUGCUGGAGAGAAGUUCAAAGGACUAUUUGAGGAGUACAAUGGCGAUUUUCAGAAGUGGAUUAACAAGAAUCCCCAGCUGGCAAACAAAACCGAAGAGUGCACUUAAAUUACUGUUAAAGAAUUCUACAAUCCUUAAAAGCUGUUGUCACAUUCUAGACUUCCAGCAACAGGGAUGUUCGAUUAUCCUCAAGAUGUUUUUGUCUUCAAUAGGAGAGAACGAAAGAGAAAAA